AUGAUGCGAGGACUGCUGGUGGUCCUGCUGGUGGCCUGUAGUCAGGCUAAUGGCGCCACCCAUGUGAACAUCUCGAUUGCCCAGCAGCCGGCCACUAAUCCGGCGGAUGUUAACUACGUGGAAGGUGGCCGUGCUCCGGCGGAACUGAGAGCGGGUCCGCAGCGGGAUGAGGAUCAGCAGUUUCAGCGCAUCAAGGAGCGACAGCAGCAGCAGCUCCAGUCCCAACAGCAACAGCAAAUGACUCUAAAUCAGCAACAGCAACAGCAGCAGCAGCAACCGCAACAACCUCAGCAGCUCUCGCCACGCCAAGGAUUGGGUCUGCAGCCCCCGGUUCAGGGUCAGCCGCCGAUGUCCAAGAACGGACGACUGCCUCGUCGCCGGAACCACAACCGCCGUCCCUCGCUCCACCAGCAGCCGCCGCAAGCAAGUCCUCACAGCGGUCAGUUCCGACAGCGCAACCAACAGCUGCGCCAGAAUCAGGAGUUCGAGCGCUACAUCCAGUCCUACCAUAGCCAUGGACCCACUGUGGAGACGGUCUACGAAUCCUCGAAUCCCGCACCGCAACGCUACACACAGUCCAGCUCGGGCGUGACUUCCACUGUGGAUGUGGAAGCUGCUCCACAGAAGUUAGUCUCCAUUGGAGGCGGUCACCGAUCCCAGCAGCUGCGCAUGUUUGAACGCCAGGUCGCUGCUCCCGUUUCCACUCAGGGUCAGAGUGCCAACGUGGAGGUGGCUCCCGAUAGCAAACCCAUCUAUGAGCCAGCCCAGGCUCCCGUGCAAGCGCCAGCUGUGAGCGUCAGUUCAUCUUCUUCGGGCGGUAGCAGCUCCUCCUCUGCCUCCUCUUCCUCCUCAUCGUCUUCAUCGAGUUCUGUUCCUGCUGCCGCGGCGCCUUCUCUUCCUGCUGAACCGGCUUCAGGAUACGAUUCCUCGGUGGGUUUCAAUCCUGCCACCAGCUACAAUCGUCCCAGCUACGAUCAGAGUGGUUAUGGAUACGAGGAUGCCCCAGAGGUGGACUACCAGGAGUCGUAUCCACCAGAGGUGGACGAUGGCCAGGGCUACGAAGACUACGGCGAGCAGUCGGGCUACCAAGGAGGCUCGGGCUACCUGCCACCGGCUCCUCCAAGGAGCUACACGCCGCCGCAACGUCCACUGGUGACGAAAACCAUCCAGAUUGUGCAGCCCGCUCUGAAGGCCAAAAAGUACGAGGUUCGUCAUCCGGCCAUCCAGAAGGAGUUCUAUGACAUCGAAGAGCGGGUGGUGAUUAAGCCGGCGGGCACUCUGGUGGUGGAGCUGGAGCACCCUGUGGCCAAAAUUCCCAAGGGAGAGACCCUGCUUCCCCUAGGACAUCCCCAUCCCGCGGUGGCUGCCGCCUACAACACUGGCCAGGUUCAGACUCAGAGCUACAACAACAACGGUGGUCAGGAGUACAGGCCCUCUUACGAUGCAGCCCCAGCUGGCAAGGAACAGCAGGCCACCACAGUGGGUUCCAGUGUGACCACCAUGCCGUCCUACGAUCAAGCGCCCAAGGACGAGUAUGUGGAGUCGCGUUUGCUGCAACCGCAGCCCCUGGGAGAUGUUACCGAUGGCCGCGGUUCCUCCGGCUCCUCCUCCGUCUCUGUCUCCGCCGUGGAUGCCAGCGGAAAUCCAUUGAAGAUCAACGCCAAGCACCUCACACCCAACAUGAUCCAGCGGCCGGAACAGGAGCAGGAGCAGUAUCCUCGUGGGCAAAGGGUCUAUCAGCCGAGAAACAAAAACUUCAAUCGUCAGCAGUAUGCCGAGGACGAUGACUACUUCUCCGGCGAGUACCUGCCCAAUGUGAAUGCCGGCAGUGUGGACGCCAAGCCCGCGAGGUUGGAGCUGGCCGAGGCUGAGGAGGAGGAGCGACCCACGCAGAUCAUUAAGCAUGAGCACAAGAUCCAUCUGCCGCCGUCCCAGCACAACAUCUACCUAGGACGCAGUCGCCAGACUCCGCUCAAGGAGAGACGCAUUCAGGAGGUGCCUGCCCAGGUGACCGAGAUCAAGCCUUAUCUGCGCAAUCAUGUGGGACCUACGGUGGUCUAUGCCAAGACCCCAGCACCCAGGACCUAUUACAGUCAGCCCUCGAGACAGAGAGUUGCCGAAGAGCUGGACUACAGUGCUCCAUACUCCCAGAUGAGAUUCAGUCCUGACAGCAAGUCCUCCAGGUUGGUCGAGGCACCCAAAGAGGCGCCCAGGGAGGAGCUUAAAAAGGAGGAGUCGCCGGCGAACACUCACAUCCAAAUCCAAAUAGCCAACGAAGCACAGAAGCCCCUAGUUGUUUCCUCCACCAUUGCCCCGGACUGCGACAGGGGACAGCAGCAGCAGCAGAGAUCAGGAGAGUUGCGAGAACAGAAAUCCCAACGCUUGGUUGAAGCACCCAACUCCGAGGUUUCUGCCACUCAGGCCACGCCCUCGCAGUCGAAGGCCCAACCGGUGGACGUGGAUGUGACCGUGAACGGCGGAGCUGGACAUCUGAAGCCCAAUGAGCGGGUGAUAGCCGCCACGGCAGCGCCUACCGAUGCGGCAGCCACCAGCGAGACCUUCCACAAACGACGAAUUGUGGUGAAUCAUCCGUUCCAGACGGUGCGCGAGGUGGUGGAACAUGAACCGAUCACCAAUUACCACCAAAUCCAAGUGAACGAGCCGGCGCCACCUUCGUUGUAUCAUCAGGCCUACUACCAGCCGGCCCAGCAGACCCACGGGAGUUUGGUCCACUACCAGACCAGCUCCACCCAUGGCAACCUCUAUGCUCCCUAUGGAUAA